AUGAGCAAACGGGGCAGUUUACAGGAUAGUGCUUCCCCAUUGGAGGAAGCUAGUAAGAAGGCACAGAAGAGACGGAAACCAAUCAAGUCAUGUGCUUUUUGUAGAAAAAGGAAACUACGUUGUGACCAGCAGAAACCAGUAUGUUCAACUUGUAAGAUGAGAGGACGUUCUGAUUGCCUGUACACAGAGGAAUUUACCCACAGAAUUGAGACGAAAGAGUUAUUUGGUAGUACUCCAAACAUUGAGUUGUUGAAAAGGAUUGAGGAUUUAGAGAAAAGAUUAGACGACAAGGGGCUGGUGGAAGAGGCUGCAACGAUGAACACGAGCCAAUUUAGGAAUCCUUACGCUAAUUUUUACUACUUGCAAUGCAAAGGUUCAGGAAGGAGGAUAAUGUAUGGCCCUACAUCUCUCAGAACGCAUCUCUCACACGAUGAUAAUAGGUUUGUGAACACGUACAACCAACUCUGGUCUAAAGUGAAAAUCGAGAGAAAUAGAUGGAAAGCCAGGCAUAAAUGGACAAUGAAGCCGGAAACUAAAGUCCUAGAGGGACCGUCGUUAGAGAACACCGAUUCUGAUAUCUUGCAACAGGUUUGUGACGUUUUGCCGUCUUAUGAACAAACAUCAAAGAUUAUAACGGGCUUUUUCGAUACUGAACUGGAAACUAAUGAAGUCAGUGAAGUAUUAGAUAGGACUAAAAUUAUCAACGAUUUCACUUCCUCGUUUCUUCCAAGUGACGAACUGUUACCCAACGGUGAAAGGCGGAUUGAAAAGUUAUUGCCAUCAACAAAGAAAAAUUAUUUCAAGAUCGGAGUUAUUUUAAUGAUAUUGUGUAUACACCAUUUCUAUGAGAAUACACCGGAAGAAAUAGAGAAGUUUCUCAUUAUGUUGACGGGAUUAUCAACGGCUAAAGUGUUUUUUGUUGAACGUGCUCAAUUUCUCUUGUUAAAAUACUAUCAUCGAGAGCUAAUUUGGGCUUGUGGAGAUGACUCGCAUAUGAUCAGUUUAGUUGACUUGUUAUGCAGCACAGCAAUUAUGCUAGGUCUGCACUUGAAUAUAAGAGAAAUAUACAAGAAUCAAGAAAAUAUCGUGGGGAGUAUGGAAAGUUUAGAAAAUUUGUGGGUCUGGGUUAUAUUAGCAGAUUUCAACGUUUCUUUAAGUAUUGGAAGAUGUUCGGUAAUCAGUUCCUCCUAUUUUCAAGUCGACGAAUGCGAGAAUGAUGAGAGGCUGUCUGGAAAUACAAACACUUGUUCAUCGGCCGUUUUCUUUGAACAAUCAAAUACUUCCAUGGACAAGUUAAAAAAGUUCUUAAGAUUAGCCCGACCAAUGUUGGAACAAAUUUAUGACAAAAGCGCCUUUCCAGAUUUAGCAGAAAAUUGCAAAAAACUAAGGACCUUUGUAGAGACUGAAUUUCAUCCAAUAUCAUAUUACACUAACGCUGAAUUAAUACCCAAAGUUCCUUUGCGUGAAAUUAAAGUCUUUGCACAGGUGUUGAAUUUGCUGUUGACGUUUUAUUUUUUGAGAUAUUUGAUUUACAAGGAAAAAAACGUUGUUUUGGAGAAUGACAUCUUGCAAACCAUUUUGGUCUCAUUUUCCCUUGUAAUCAACACGACUACACUAUGUUUCAAAUUAGACGAAAAGCAUUUUCCCGAGUUCUUUGAUCCUGAUUGUCUUCAUUUACCACCAUUUAUGGCUUUAUCUUUAGUUUAUACAAACUUUCUGUUCCCCAGGGCCUCUACCGGCUUCUGUGCCUUUCUAUAUCACAAGUUAACUCUUUUUGAAAAGGGCUAUUAUCUAUCAUCCAAUAUUAAAGAUAAGGAAGUUACAGAUUGGGAUUUGUCGACCUUGAAUAUUCCGUUGGAUAAAGCUAUCAACUUACUUACUGCUUUCAAAAUUCAUUCAGACAUAUUUUCCAAAUGGUCUAAUGAUAACAACAGGCAGUUAAGAAUUAUGAUGGGCCGCUCUUAUACAUUUGUUAUUAACAUAGCCCUGGAAAGCAUAUAUAGAGCUGUUUUGGAGAAAGUAAUUAAAUAUAGAACCGUGGUCGAAAACGCAUGGCUACAACAACUCCAGGUUGAAUUGAAUGGAUCCUCUCCAUAUUCGCUUACUAAUAAUGUAAACAAUGUAAAUACGCCAAUCGAUCCCAGUUUAAAUGACCUGGAUGUCACAAGUGGCAGUGCAUUGGCGGCAAAUUCUUCAGUAUUACCCCCCGUGGAAGUCCCAAAUAAUGGUGAAAACGCUUCACAUACCAAUGAAACUGGACCAAUUGAAACUGAACUGGCAGAGGCUAUAUCCAAUGAAUUUUGGACGGCGUACAACAUUGGGUGGGAAGAACUAAUGAGUCAGCCAGAUUAUAAAUACUUAUCUGAUACGCAAUAG